CGAGGUCAUCUCGGAGGCGUCGAAACUGUUGCUCGUCUGAGUGGUCUCACUGUCGGUGCUGAGGCUGAAGUCCUUGCUGGAAAUGUGUCGUUGCUCCUGUUGGUGGCUUUUUCCGCUGGAGGUUACGUACUGCAUCAGUCUUCGCAUUUCACCCCCGCUGGUGGUGGAUUCGACACCGGUGUACGAGCUGCUGCUCAGACUGUUGACAGACUCGGAGGCGUGCAAGGCCUCUGUCUUCUCUGCGACUGUGGUGCUGGUGGCGUUAAAAGUGCCGGCACCGAGGACACUGCGACGACGACCGGUGGCGUUGGUGGUGGCAGUAAGCUUUUGGUCCGGGGCCGGUGA